UUUCAUUCCCUCCCUCCCAUUCUCUUUCGAUGGCGAGGAGCAAUGCAGGCAAAGCGGGUCUCUCCCUCCAGACAGAUAACUCCCAACCGAUCACGCCUGUGACAGCUCCCCUCGCGACGCCCAAGACACCCGCAGAUGAGGGCAAGGAGUUCUUCAUGAGUGAUGUGGGCGUGUCGGACGAGCCGAUACGCGUCUACGAGCUUCGCUUAGAUCCUGAUGGUGGUCCCAACAGAGAUAGAUCGUACAUAAGGCUGCCUCCAGCUUACGUACCAUACAUUCUGCGCGUCUCCCUUGAUGCAGGGACGCCGGCAUCUAGGAACGGUCUUUUCAAAACCAACUUCCCUUUGGACGGCGGUGCCUUCGGUCGCGACAAAUUUUGCGAACGCAAGCUACCAACUGACUUUUCCAAGCCCAUACGCGUUGAUCUUCCCAUUUCCCAUGCUGGUGCGUUUAAAUACUGGGUCGAAUACGAUGAUGGCGCUGCUCCUGGCGAGCGUAUCCGAGGGCGAGAAGGUUAUUUUAACAUCGACCCUAUCCUGCGGACCUCGGUACGCAAGCCUAUCCUUUCCCCAGACCUCAAACCACUAUCACCUACCGAUGGAGGCGCGAAGGUGACUUUUGAGAAGACCAACCUCCCCUUAGACGGCCUCGCAAUCGUAACUCUGGUUUCCAAAUGGAUGGGUCCUAUUUCUGGCUGGCACAAGCACUUCGCGGAGGCGAGCGAUCGUGGUUACACGAUGAUCCACUGGACACCUCUGCAAGAGCGUGGACAUAGCGAUAGCCCUUACUCAAUACGUGACCAGCUCAAGUAUGAUCCCUCCGCCUUUGAAGAUAACUUAGGCGCGGAUGGCGGUAAAGCUGAUAUGGAGAGAAUUCUCAAGAUAGCUCAAGACGAAUAUGGCCUUCUAGGCUUGACUGACGUCGUGCUUAACCAUACCGCAGAUGAUACACCUUGGCUAAAGGAUCACCCAGAAGCUGGUUACAGUCCCAAGAACACUCCUCACCUCGCACCUGCGCUUGAACUCGACACUGCUAUCAUCGAAUUCUCUGCAACAUUGGCCGCCAAUGGUCUUCCCACCCAGAUUGCUUCCUCAGAUGAUAUCGACAAGCUCAUAACUGCUCUUGAAAAGCACUUGGAGUCCCUUGAUAUGUGGCAGUAUUACGCCUUGGACGUCACAGCCGAGAAGAAGUCUGUCAGGACUGCUAUCGAGGAUGGGAAAGUCACUGCCUGGAAAGGAGACGAUGUUGCGGGCAACUCAGUUGUCUCUCUCGCACAAUCUGUCAUUGCGUCUGGUAUCAUCGAUGGCUACCGUGCGCUUGGAUCCCGCUUCGGGACAAAGACUAACGGUGCAACCGCUGCUGGCCUCACGAAAGCGGCCUUCGUCAAUUUGGGCGAUGACGCUGAGGCUCUGGCCGAGGCAUGGGGGCGUAUUGUUGACGUCAUCAACGUGGAUUUAUACGCAGAGUGGAAAGAAGACACAAAGAUUGCUAUUGAAAGUAUCAAAAACCGCGUACGAUAUACUAGGUUGGAUAAGAAUGGACCCAAUUUAGGUGAAAUCACUCGAGAGCUACCUUUGGUCGAGGCGUACUUUACUCGUAUCUCGCCGGGGGUCGAGUCGGAUCCCUUCACUUAUUCGCUCGCUAACAAUGGCUGGAUAUGGAACGCCGAUCCCUUGCAGAACUUUGCAUUGCCACCAUCGAAAGCGUACCUCCGUCGCGAGGUUAUUGUCUGGGGCGACUGCGUCAAACUGCGCUAUGGGGAUAGCCCUUCAGACAACCCUUGGCUCUGGUCUCACAUGCAGUCCUACGUUGAGAGCCUCGCUCAAGGAUUCCAGGGCUUCCGCAUCGAUAACUGCCAUUCGACACCUCUGAACGUCGGCAUCCACAUGUUGGAUGCUGCCCGCGUUGUUAACCCGAACCUCUAUGUUUGUGCCGAGCUUUUUACUGGAAGCGAGGACAUGGACCUUGUCUUCGUCCGCCAACUUGGUAUUAACAGCUUGGUGAGAGAAGCUGGCAAUGCAUGGGACCCCAAAGAAUUCUCAAGGAUUCUAUAUCGCUAUGGACUCGGCAAGCCUAUCGGGUCUAUGGACGGUGCUUGCCUUCUGAGCAAGGAAGAACUCCAACCACCCUUUGGAAGCGGUCCCACACGCCAGUGCGAGGUUAGCCCCUUGAAUGGGUCCAUGCCACACGCCCUCCUGUACGACUUGACACACGACAACGAGUCGUAUCUUGAUAAACGUUCGGCGGAAGAUGCUUUGUCUACAGCUGGCCUGGUGACCUUCGCAAGCUGUGCUAUUGGGUCGGUGAAGGGCUUCGACGAUCUCUAUCCGAAGUUGCUGCAUCUCGUUGCCGAGAAGCGCCAGUACGAGCUCACCAAUCAAGAAGUGACCUCAGGCAUUGCAAGGGCUAAACGCCUUCUUAACAACUUGAGACGGGAGAUGAUCCUUGGUGACUACUAUGAGGGCCAUGUACACCAAGAAAACGAUUACAUUGUCAUGCACCGGGUUCAGCCCAGUACUCAGAAGGGCUAUGUGCUCGUUGCUCACACCGCGUUCUCAAAGGGGUCGAAGGAUAGGGGCUUCAUAAACCCCAUCAAGCUGCGUCGCACCAAAGCCAAUUUCAUCUUCGGUGCCUCAGUUGGCAUAUCUUCGUAUGAUACCCCGAAGGAUGACAAGCUCCUUAAGGGUCUUCCCAGCCAGCUGCUCGACAUAGCUAAGGUGGUUGUACCUCAAGGGCUCGAUGAAGAGGGCCCCUACUGCGAGAUUAUUGUCCCCGAAUAUUUCCCGCCCGGAAGCAUCAUGAUCUUUGAAACACAGCUCCAAGGAUACGAUCAGGACCUCGAUUCAUUCUGCGCAUCUGGUGCCCAAGAGGCGUUUGAUGAGCUUGAUCUUGUCGAUCUCAACGUGAUUCUAUAUCGUGCUGAUGGGGAGGAGAGAGACGCCACCGGAGGGGAGUUUGGUGUCUAUAAUGUCCCUGGGCUUGGAAAGUUCACGUACUGCGGUCUGGAAGGGUGGAUUCACCCGCUCAGACGUAUCAUGCAGUUCAAUGAUCUUGGUCACCCCCUGUGCGCCCACCUUAGAGACGGGACGUGGUCGUUUGACUACAUUCAAUCAAGAUUAGUCAAACAAGUCUACAACUUUCCUCGACUUACGAAACCGGCUGAAUGGUUCAAAGCUCGCUUUGACCGGAUUAAAGCUAGUGUUCCCCCUUUCAUGCGGCCGAAAUACUUUGCUCUGGUGAUCUCAGAAGCUUACAAGACCGCGCGACGCUGCGCUAUUGAACAGUGUUCUGAGUUUGUAUCCACCGGGCAUGACUUCACGCAGGCGCUUGCCCUGUGUUCUGUCCAGAUGCAUGGUAUGGUUCAUUCUGCCUCUCUUGAUCCAAGCAAGCCUACACCCUCGUUGGCUGCCGGGCUACCUCAUUUCACUACCAGCUGGGCGAGGUGUUGGGGUCGGGACGUUUUCAUUUCGCUGAGAGGUUUAUUCCUGACCACUGGUAACUUUGAGGGAGCGAGGAAGCACAUUCUCGCAUUCGCGUCAACGCUGAAGCAUGGGUUGAUUCCUAAUCUGCUGGACUCCGUUCGCAACCCCAGGUAUAACUCUCGUGACUCGCCCUGGUGGAUGGUCCAAAACAUCCAGGAUUAUGUGAACAAAGCGCCUGAUGGCAUUUCAAUUCUGUUUGAGUCUGUCAAGCGUCGCUUUCCGAAGGAUGACACCUGGGUGCCUUGGAACGAUCCGAAGGCCUAUGCCUACUCAAGCACCAUCGCCGAGAUCCUCCAAGAGAUUCUCCAGCGCCAUGCCGAUGGCAUUUCUUUCCGCGAACACAAUGCUGGCCCAAACCUCGACAUGCAAAUGAGAGACGAGGGCUUCAAUAUCGACAUCAAGGUAGACUGGUCAACAGGCAUUAUCUUUGGCGGCAAUGCGUUCAACUGCGGGACCUGGAUGGAUAAGAUGGGCGAGUCGGAGAAGGCAGGGACAAAGGGGCUUCCCGGUAGCCCUCGUGACGGUGCACCAAUUGAAAUCACUGGUCUCCUCAAGAGCACGCUGAGGUGGCUAGCAGAGCUUUCAACAGCCAAUAAAUUCCCUUUCAAGGGCGUAGAGGCUAAGAUCUCUGGAAAACGCGUCCUUGUCACUUAUGAGGAGUGGAAUAACCUCUUACAAGAAUCCUUCGAGAAAUGCUAUUAUAUCCCUGCGGACCGCUCCGCAGACUCGGCGUACAACCUUGAUCCCAAGCUUGUGAAUCGGCGGGGUAUCUACAAGGAUGUUUAUGGGUCGGGGGCUGGGCGCGAAUGGUCGGACUACCAGCUGCGUCCUAACUUCCCGAUCGCCAUGGUAGUGGCCCCUGAGCUGUUCAAUGAAGAGCAUGCCUUGGGUGCAUUGCGUAUUGCCGAUGAAUGGUUGCGGAGCCCAUUGGGCAUGAAGACCCUUGAUCCUGGCGACAUGCAGUACCGUCCAACAUAUGAUAAUUCCAACGAUUCCGAUGAUGCUGCCACCGCCAAAGGCCGGAACUAUCAUAACGGACCUGAGUGGGGUUGGCCACUAGGCUACUUCCUCCAAGCAUACCUUCAUUUUGAUACGCAGGUGGGAUCGGGUAAAGAUGAUCCCACCAACACCCUUCAUCACCUGCAUAAGGCUCUGCUCAGUUUGCGAGAACAUAUCAUCAAUGACCCUUGGGCUGGUAUCCCUGAAUUGACAAACAAGGAUGGCGCCUAUUGCGCUGACUCGUGCAACACUCAGGCGUGGAGUUCUAGCACGCUGCUUGACUUCUUGGAGGCGGUUCAUAUGAUGGGAUCUAACGAACACUGAUUAGACAGGGGGACAUUCUUUAACGUACGUUAUAAUUAGAUCGGG